CUCUCUCUCUCAGGCUCAGCUUACUAAUAAAGUGCGCGCAGCCCAUACAAAAAAGCAAAAGCUGUAAACAAGUCUGUAAUUACAACCACCAUAAUCGCUUAAUAAAGCUUUUGUGGUUUCAGUCUUUCACAGAGACAGACAGAGCUCUAGAGAGAGAAAAGUUAGAGAGAGAGAGAGAGAGAGAGAGAGAGAGCUAUGGUCGCUUUGGCUCUGGAAAAUUGAACAAAAAGAAGAAAAAAAACCUCGACAUUUCAUUUAUAGCUUUUAUUUUUUCGGAGAAAAAAAGAGGUACGAGAGCGAGCUCUGUGAAAACCCUAAAUUGGGAAGCUGACGCCUUAGAUUUUCGUUGCUCUUAUUGUGCACAGGGAUCGUCCGUACGAAUUCGUGUUCUGCUUCGUUUUGCUCUGAAUUGUUUCGAUUCGGAGAUUUUCUAUGAGAUACACAGUUGUUGGAUAUGGAGAGGGUUUCAGAAUCAAAGGUGCUUCCUGGGAAAUUGCCCCUCGUAGGUGAGGUAUCAUAUACUCGUUCGACAUCAACAAGAGUAGUGGGUCACGUGUCCAGUGUGCGCUCUGGUUUGGUGAGAGAAGAUUUUGCUUCUGCAAGAGACAGAGGUCAUUUAUCCAAUGGGCGCUUGGGCUUGGUGAGAGAAGAAAUUGCAUUGGCAAGGCAAAUGGCUGAGUUAUCGAAUGUGCAUUCUCUUAUGGUAAAAGAUGUAAGAUCUAAUGCACGGGAGUCUCAAGAUUCAGACUCGCCAAUACCUCUAAGAACAAGGAAAGGAAAGAUCUCUUUCCCAGAAGAGGAAGAACUUAUGUCUGACUCUCUUACAUUUAAGGGAAGUGGAGAUUCGUUUGAUGAAGGGGGCCCUAGUUCUUUCUCUGGGGUUAGUCACCCUCCAGAACCUGUUGAUAUGGAUUUAAUGAAACCAGUGUAUGUACCGAUUGGUCAGAAUAAGUCUGAGGCUGGAUGCUUGAUGAAGAGCUUAUCUAGGAAAGGCCCUUUCCUCGAAGAUCUUUCCCUCCGGGUUCCUGCUAAGAAACCAAAUCCAAUUGUCCUUUCCCCUUCAGAAAGCUUGGUUGAAGAACCCAAUGACUUAGGUGCAUUGUCUCCACCGUUUGCGAUUCCCCGUGCAUCACAAAAUACAGAUAAUUCACUCCUUCCUCCAGAUUCUGAGGAGAAGGAGUGUGUUUGGGAUGCUUCUUUGCCUCCGAGUGGCAAUGUAAGUCCUCUUAGUAGCAUCGAUAGUACUGGUGUUGUCACUGCUAUGAGCGUUGUCAAUAGCUGCACCGGUACAUACAGGAGUGACGCAAUCACAAGUGAUGGCAUGCUCAGCAUUGAUAGGAACUGUGAAAGUACCAAAGGGAGUGUUAGAGGGGAUUCACUUGAGAGUGCAAAAACUAGCGUUAGUCGAGCAAGUGAUAGUAGUGGCCUUAGUGAUGACAGCAACUGGAGCAACAUUACUGGGAGUGCCAAUAAGCCCCAUAAAGGAAAUGACCCUAGGUGGAAGGCUAUUCUUGCAAUUCGAGCUCGAGAUGGGAUAUUGGGUAUGAGCCAUUUUAAAUUACUCAAACGGCUUGGUUGCGGUGAUAUUGGCAGUGUCUAUCUUUCAGAACUGAGUGGAACACGCUGUUAUUUUGCAAUGAAAGUAAUGGAUAAGGCAUCCCUUGCAAGCAGGAAGAAGUUGACUAGGGCUCAGACGGAAAGGGAGAUUUUGCAACUGCUGGACCAUCCAUUCCUUCCAACUUUAUAUACACAUUUUGAGACCGACAGGUUCUCAUGUUUGGUCAUGGAAUAUUGUCCAGGUGGUGAUUUGCACACUCUGAGGCAACGGCAACCUGGAAAACAUUUCUCAGAGUAUGCUGCAAGAUUCUAUGCUGCGGAGGUUCUGUUGGCACUAGAGUAUUUACACAUGCUUGGAGUUGUCUACAGGGACUUGAAACCGGAAAAUGUGCUUGUCCGUGACGACGGCCACAUAAUGCUUUCAGACUUUGACCUUUCCCUGAGAUGCGCUGUUUCACCGACCCUGAUAAGAACUUCAUUUGAUUCUGAUCCUUCAAAACGAGGAGCAGGUGGUGCAUUCUGUGUCCAACCUGCAUGUAUUGAGCCCUCAUCAGUGUGCAUUCAACCUGCUUGUUUUAUCCCUAGGUUCUUUCCUCAGAAAAGCAAGAAGAACCGAAAACCUCGAGCUGAGCCUGGGUUUGCCACCAAUGCACUUCCAGAGCUUGUUGCAGAGCCUACUCAAGCUCGGUCUAUGUCCUUUGUUGGAACCCAUGAAUACCUAGCCCCUGAAAUUAUUAAGGGAGAGGGCCAUGGAAGUGCAGUCGAUUGGUGGACGUUUGGUAUAUUCUUGCAUGAAUUACUGUAUGGUAAAACUCCUUUUAAAGGCUCCGGAAACCGUGCUACAUUGUUCAAUGUGGUGGGGCAGCAACUCAAAUUCCCAGAUUCACCAGCAACUAGUUAUGCAGGCCGCGAUCUAAUUCGGGGAUUGCUAGUGAAAGAGCCACAAAACCGGCUUGGGGUGAAAAGGGGUGCAACUGAGAUCAAGCAGCAUCCCUUCUUUGAAGGUGUGAACUGGGCUCUGAUACGAUGCAGCACACCACCAGAAGUACCAAGACCAAUGGAAGCUGAGCUGCCAGGGAAAUUUGGGGCAGUUGACACCGUUGGUGUCGGAAGCAACAGUAAAAGAAUGGUAGGGGCAGACGUGAAGUCCGGGGGUAAAUAUCUAGACUUUGAGUUCUUUUAGUUUGGAUCACAUCACAGGAUUAUUGUUCUGUCAUGUAUUGGUACCCAUCAUUUAAAUUGUAAAAGAGUAUGCCUGAUUUACUUACUGUGUUCUCUGCUAAUGAACUUGAGCUUA